GCCUCUGCGCUUCCCAGAGGCCUCCGCGCUUGGCAGCGGAGGGGACAUCGCGGACUCCAAGAUGGCCGCCAAUGCACCCGUGCCGCUUAAGGAGCAAAGGCUUCUGAAUGUCAAACUCGGACAGCUGCCGGCGUGGAUAGCGAUGCGCGACUUCUCACCCAGGGGAAUCGGAGGAGCUUUUCGUAGAGGUUACGAUCGAUAUUACAGUAAAUACAUCGAUGUGAAGAAAGGGGGUAUUGGAGGUAUCACCAUGGUGCUGGCAGCUUAUGUCCUGCUGAACUACUGCGCUGUUUAUAAGGAGCUCAAGCAUGAGCGAAUGCGGAAAUACCACUGAGAAGUGAAGCAUCGCUAGCUGGUACAAGUUGCAGUCUGAGAGCGUGGGUCACUCUACCGUCAUCACUCGCCUCACCGAAGACCGUUCAUGUCUAAUUCCAUUGUGUCCUAAUAAAAGAAAGGUUAUAUGUACAAUAAAAGAUGAGUUUAAAUACC